AGCCCCAAGCCCCAUCCCCUACCAUGACAUAAUUGCCUUUACUACACACAAUGCGUCCUUUGCCGCCAGGGACAGCAUGUGGAAACCGUCAGUCCGCCUUUCUACAGCCACUGGAAGGCCUCCCAUCGCCUGCCUCGCGUGCAAUCGCGCCCCACGCAUCCCCGCCACGAUAGGCCCGCCCGCCCACGUCUGCCUCUCUAGACGCUGCUUCCACGAGUACUUCGUCACCCACAUCCCCUCGUCCUCGCUGCACCCAGACUCAGGGCCUCGAUUCAGCCACAAGCUCCCGCGCGACAAGAGCACUCCCCAUGAAUCGAAAGGAGACAGUCGCUCACCGGCUGCUGUCGUGGGCGCGAACCGCGACAUGACAGUGGUGCGAAUACCGCUGAAGAGCGCAAAGCACCAUUUCGGCGUCUCGUUGUCGCGAGGCUCGCGGCCAUACAACGAAGAUGCCUUCCAAGCUGGCACCAUUGAGGUGCCUGCAUUCGCCAAACGGCGCCCCAUGUCCCUCACGAGGAAGGGCGGGGCUGCGAACGAGGUCACACCGGCCGACAGCGCCAGUGGAGACCCGCAAGUCUUCUACUUUGGCGUAUUCGAUGGACAUGGUGGUGCCAUUUGCUCUGGCUUUUUGCAGGAGCAAUUGCACGAUUACCUCGAGAAGGCGUCGCAGCAAUUUGAGCUGCAGAGUAGCUUGAACCGGGCUGGUCCCUCGCUCCCUGGCAGCAUGCAGGAUCCAGCCACUGCUCCAAAAAGCCGACAGAAAAAAGACGAGGAGAGCCUGGAGGCUAUCCAGACACACACGCCGCCCGGCAUAGAGAAGAUGCAGCCGCCCAACGGCAGAGAUCGACGUGAUCUGCCUGGCAAGCAACGAGAUGGGUCUAUACCCGGCGAUCCACCAAUACCACAGUCGGACAGCAUACGUAAGGCUGAAGAGAUGGAGCGAGAGCUUGUGAAGAACUGGAAAGAGCUCGUCGGAGGCUAUUUUCGUCGUUUCAAGCCCGAGCAUUUUUCCAUGGCGGCUGGCGGCAGAGGACACCCUCAUGAGAAGGACGCUGUCACGAAGCACCAUUCGUCAAGCUCUAGGAUAUCUGACGAGACCAUCGAGGGAGUGGGAAUCGAGACAGUACUAGAGUACGCCUUCCUCAAAGCCGACUACGACUUUGUAGCUGCGCAAGUAGGCAAGAAGGAGGAAGAUCCUGUUCGUGCAGAUAAGGCUAUCAACGACGACGACAUCCUCGGCAAACCCUCACGCGCAGGCCAGAAUAUCGGCGGUACAAACCGCUUCAAAGGUGGCAGCACAUGCAGCGUCGCUCUGAUCUCUACUCCCACGCCCUCGCCGUUCUGGCACCCAUCAUCGCCUUCUUCGCUACUCACUGCACAUGUUGGCGACACGAGAAUCCUGCUCUGCAAUACUGCGACUGGACUUGCUGUGCCGCUCACUUCCAACCAUCACCCAUCACUCCCCGAAGAAGCGACACGUCUGCGCCGAUUCGCCGCCGCUUUUGUGACCGAUUCAUUCGGUGAAGAGCGCAUCUCUGGUUUGGCCAACACCAGAGCGUUCGGCGACAUGUCAUCAAAGCGCAUUGGCGUGUCUGCCGAGCCUGAAAUUCGUCGGGUUGAGCUCUCACCCGCCGAGUACUCCUUUAUGGUACUGUGCUCUGACGGUGUCUGUGGCCAUCUGUCUGAUCAAGAGAUCGUUGAUAUCGUGAAGGAAGCGAAGACUCCUGAUCAGGCCGCCCGAGACCUCACCAGCUUUGCGGUUGAGACGUCGUCUGGCAGCGAAGGUGCAGACAACGCCACAGGGUUAGUUGUCAGACUAGGCGGCUGGGAGAGGAGAGGCGAAGGAGGUUUGGGGAGCUUGGGCACAAAGGAAAUGCGCGACUGGAGGAAGGAAGAGGCCAACGAUCCUCGACGAGGCAGGACAUGAGUAUCUUAGACAGCGUAAGUCAUCCAACGUUACUGUCUUGGCAGUCGCCAGCAGCACGGAUUGAAAGCUAAGCGUAUUUGCAUAGCUGGCGUUGUCGCGUGUCGUUAAUUGUACAUACGCCUACGGGUUCUCCUAUAGCAUUCACAUGUUCAUUUUUCAUUGAUA